AUGGAGAAUAACAGGAUGAUGGAAAAAAAUAAAAAAAAUAUUAAUGUGAUUGAUAUAUUUUUUAAAAAACAUUUUUCAUCUAUAUAUAUUAUUCGUCUUAUUUUAAAUUUAGUACUAUUAAAUAUUCUUGUGAUUUAUUUUGUUAUACAUUUUUUUUUUAAUCAAAGUACACAAAAUCGUAUGAACAGUUCAGAAAAUUUUAACAAUUUAUAUUUUUUUAAAACUGUGCAAAAAAAUGAAGAAACAUAUGGAAAUAUUAUCUAUGUAAUAAGUAUUAUAUAUAUUAUAUUAUCUUUGGCAUUUUUCAUUCUAGAAUUUUAUAUAAAAUGGAGAAAAAAUAAUAAACUAGAGUAUAUGAUAAAAAUAGAGGGCAAUAAAAUAUCAGAAAAUAAAAUAAGUAACAAAACUAGCACCCAUAAUUUGCCUGACCAAAAUAAAAAUUAUGAACAUACAUUAGAAGACUCAAAGACAAUAAAUACUAAUCAACUGAAGGAUCGAAACAAACACAAAAAUGCACACACAAAUAUUCAUAUAACAACAAACUAUAUAUUUGUAUACAUUUUGUUAAUAUUGUUAGGAAUAAGUCAAUAUAAUAUAACCGAAUAUGUUUUAUAUUUUUAUUUUAUACUAGCCAUAUGUGAGCUUAGUACUCCUCUAACAAUAUCUAUGAAAUUGAUACACUUUAUAACAAAAUAUUAUAAAAUAAAUUUUUUAAAAAGAGAAAAAAAAAGUAAUAAUUCAAAUAUAAUAAUUAAAAAAAAGGACAUAUAUUUUUUUUUUGGAUAUUUUCUCAUUUUACGUUUUUUAAAAAAAACAAACAUUUAUGAUAAAAUUAUUAUUUUCAAAAAGAGCAAGCCAGUUUAUGAGUCCAACUUAAAAAAUGAAAAUAAUAAAAUAUGGAUAAAAAACAACUAUAUAUUUUAUCAUUAUUUUAUUAUUUUCUCUUUUUUUAAAAAUUGUAUAAUACACAUCUUUCACUUUUUGAGAAAAUGGAUAUAUGAUCAUAUAAAGACAAAAGAAAAAAAGAAAAACAUGAACGAAACAGGACCCCUUCUCAGAAACAUUAAAAAUGUGAAUACUGAUGUGGACAAAAUAGAAAUAAAUUAUAAUAACAAUUUAAAAAAAAAUGCAAACAUUUCCAAUACCGUUGUAAAUAAUUUUAAUGUGUCAAAUCAAAAUCCAAAAAAAAAAAAAAAAAAUAAUAAAUGUAACAAAAAUAAUAUAACGAAAAAAAGUCUAGAAAUUGAGAAUUCUGAUGAUAUUAAAAAGGAUGACAUAAAACUUAACAGUUCAGAUAAAAUAACUAACAAUCUUUCUAUGAAAAAAAAUGAGCUUAAUAAAAUAAUAAAAAACACAAAUAAAUAUAAAGAUUAUUAUAUAAAAUAUAACAAAUAUAAUAAAACAAUUAGUGAUAUGGAAAAAGAAGAAGAAUUCGAAUUUGAGGAUGAAAAAUAUUUUGUGAAUAAAAAUUUUAGUAUGAUCGAAAAAAGACAAUUUAAUGUAAUUGAAAAUAAAAACAAUGAAAUAUAUUCAAGCGAUAUAAAUAUAUAUGAAGAAAAAUCUCAAAAAAAAAAAAAAGCAAAUAUCAACCCUAAGCAGCUAGAACUUAAACAGCUAGAACAUAACCGCCUCGAACUUAAUCACCUCGAACUUAAACAUAUUUAUGAACAAAAUAAAGAUAACUCUUUAUAUUUUUCAAACACAUCAUCUACACAAGUUAAUGAAAAAGAAACAACUGAAGUUGAUCCUAGUGAAGAAAACAUUUCAUAUAAAGAUAAAAAUGAUAUUUCCAUCAAAUCUUAUAAUAAUUAUAUGAUGAAAUAUCAAAAUAUUUCUAGAGAAUAUCAGGGACAAUGUUACAACCCUGAUCAAGAUAUUUCAUACUCAUAUAAUAAUAAGUAUAUAAAUAAAGAAGAAAAUGUCAACAAAAAAUCUUUUUCGAAAACUGAAUUUGAUAAUGUUCCAAGUUUAAAUAUAAACAAAAGCAAUACAAUUUGUACUUAUAGAUUAACAUAUAAAAUAAAAAAAACUAAUUUAGACAAAAAAUAUAUAUCUUUUGAAAAAAAUGUAAAAAAAAUUUUAUCCAAUUUUAAAAGAAGAAUGGAAAUAUCCAUAUUUUUAAACGCUAUUUAUAAAAUUGCAUUACUCCUAAAUAUUUUAAUAAUUUUUUUUGUAAUGAGUAUUAUGUUAAAUAUUAAUUUAUUUAUUUUUACUACUAAUGUAAACUCGUUUUUUUUUUAUAAAAUUAUUUCUAUUUUAAUUCAGUGUUGUUAUUUUGUUUUUUUCCAUUUAUAUGUAUACGAAUAUAAUAAUAUUAUAAAGUAA